CGCGCUCGCUGUGACGUAAUUUGGAAACGUCACUUCUCCCACCGGUCACGUACUGUUUUGUAAUCUUUGAAAAACAAUGUAAUUUAACCUUUGUUUUAGUUUUUAUCUGUUCAGCAGUGUCUGAACACACCAGUGCUUUCGCAGGCGUGCGUUGGCAUGUGAUUUUUUGCUUGUUUGUGGAAAAGAUGGAAAAUUUAGAGACCAGUCCAUCAGUGAGGCCUCUUACAGUGCCGGACCGAGGCAUGUUGAGACCUUCGAGCCCCCCCGAUCAAGAGUCAGAGCCGACCAGGUCUCCCAAGCACAGGGAGCAGCCGUCCAAGUCUCCAAGGAGACGGCGGGAGGGGAAGAGGUCGCAGCGACAGGGUAAUGGUCAUGAGCAGCAGCUGUGGGAGAUGGAGCGGUGGAGGUUGCCAGGCCAACACGAGCACUUGGAGCCCUCUGGUCCGUCGUGCGACGCAGCGGAAAGCUCUCCUAAAAGAAGAGCACAUUUUUUACAUGGACCAUAUCCAGCCACUCACUUUGGACCUAAAGCCUGUAUUCUUCCCAACCCAACUUCUGUCAUGCUCACAGGACAAGAGACCCGUCCUUACUGCCAUCCGACAGUACAAAAUUGCGGGUGUAUACAAUUUGAAAACAUUUCAGAUUACAUUACUAACACAAUGCCGAUCGUCUGCAACUCAAAGAGGAACAGAGAAAAAUGGCACAUCCAGGAUCCCUCCAGCCAGAGGCUCACAUGGAACAAGCCUCCAGUCAACGUGCUCGUUAUCAGGAAGAUCCGAGAUGAGAGCCUGGUCGAGCCUUUCAAAGAGCUCUGCAGGUUUCUGGUGGAGGAGAAGCAGAUGAUGGUGUAUGUAGAGCGCAGGGUUGCCGAUGAUGCUACGCUGUCCAAGGACGAAGCGUUCGGCACCAUCCGGAAUCAGCUCUGCACCUUCAGAGAGGGGUUUGAUGAUAUCUCUGACUGCAUCGAUCUUAUCAUCUGUCUGGGCGGUGAUGGAACUUUGCUGUACGCCUCCUCUCUGUUCCAGGGCAGCGUCCCGCCCGUCAUGGCGUUCCACCUUGGUUCUCUGGGCUUUCUGACGCCUUUUAAGUUUGAGUCCUACAAAACCGAAGUGGCGAAAGUGUUUGAGGGCAACGCCGCCAUCACGCUGCGCAGUCGCCUGAAGGUGAAGGUGGUGAAGGACAUGCUGCAGAGGGCCGGGCAGCAGGCCUACAGCAGAGAGCCCGAGCACCAGCCCGAGCUCAACGGCCUCCUGCCUCACAGACACACCAGCUCCGAGGCCGGGAGGGUCACCCUGCAGCUGCAGGUGUUGAAUGAGGUGGUGGUAGAUCGAGGCCCUUCUUCCUACCUGUCCAAUGUGGACCUGUACCUCGAUGGACGUCUCAUCACCUCAGUGCAGGGAGACGGUGUGAUCGUGUCCACGCCCACGGGCAGCACGGCGUACGCGGCCGCAGCAGGGGCCUCAAUGAUCCACCCCAACGUCCCCGCCAUCAUGGUCACGCCCAUCUGCCCGCACUCGCUCUCCUUCAGGCCCAUCGUGGUCCCCGCUGGAGUGGAACUCAUGAUCACCCUCUCUCCGGACGCACGCAACACAGCCUGGGUGUCGUUCGACGGCCGGAGGCGGCAGGAGAUCCAACACGGAGACUGCAUUAAGAUCACCACCUCUUGUUACCCCGUGCCGUCCAUCUGUUGCCACGACCUGGUUUACGACUGGUUCGAGAGCCUGGCCGAGUGUUUGCACUGGAACGUCCGGAAGAGGCAGGCCCGACUGGCGGACACCUCCGACUCGUCGGACACAGAAAACUGAGGUCCCCCUGAACGCCGGUCAGCUGACCCUCCCCGCCCCUCCCCCGGUUUGCUCUGAGGUGGCUGAGCUGGGCUCAGUACAGGAAGCAUGCACAGCCAUCCUGCUGCUGAUACAGGAUCUGACGCAGUCGCCUCCCCACUACAUUCCCGUGCAUCCAUACUGCACUUCUGUCCUCGCUUUCUGACCACAGCGCGUUGUCUCACCCAGAAAAGACGGGAAUCCCACUCUCUUUUCGUCUAUAUCCUUUUUCCUGUGAAUAAGUAGGAAAGCUGUACAUGUUACAGUCAUGAGCUCUGAUGAAUUAAGGGCAGAAAUACGCUCAUAAAGCUCAAACUAAGCUGAACGACAAGUUUAUUCUCACCUUUAAAAAUGUAAAUUUGUACAUACAAAACUCUUGGUUGAAUUUAUUUAAUGUAAUAUUUAUGUGAUGUUUAAGAUUUUUAAGAACUUAGCUUGGAUUAAUUGUCGAUUAUGAAUUACUCAAAACUUAAUUUCCAUUCAAAGCUGUUUUCUGCUGUGUAGGUCAAAUCAUCCAUAGCCUUUGGUUUGUUUUCUCCUGUUGCCUUCAGGAAUUAAUUUCAGACUGUGUGUAGCAGAGAGUCCUAAAUAAGAUUUGUCAAUUUCAUAGCUCAAAGAAAACUGUCACAGCACAAAGCUGAAGGCAGAGCAGGAAAAUAAAGCUUAGUUAUGGACCAUUUCUCUUUAGACUUUUUGGCACUUAUUUAACUGAUUUUUAUGUAACUUUUUUUUUUCAACCAGACUGAAUAUCCUGCAGGAUGAAUACAAAAACAUUGAUGUAUUACAUAACUGUUUGUGGAACCCACCUUCAACAUUUCAGUGUUCAAAUUUCAAAACGCUUUUUUGAAAAGCAAAACCUUUUUCUGUCCAUAAACAGAAACCAUGAAAUGGGUGCUUUCUAUAUUUUUAUUGCAAUGAUAACAUACAGAUAUAUUCCAGACAUUUUAUUAAAUUACACUCCAAUGUUGCAGGAGACAAUCUUGAAUGAUAUCAAUCCAAAUGUGGACAACUAUGUGAUCAAAAGACACUGUUCUUGACCAGAGAUAAAACGUUAAAGUUUAACAUUUUCACUUUUAUUUCCCCCAGAAAUGUGUUAUGAGAAGCAGCAGCAAAGAGAGUUAUAAUACUACAAUACACAAGAGACUGAUACUGUGCAACAGUUAAGAACGACUGGGAAAAUAGUCUUUUUUUUCGUGA